AGUAAACGUUUCGGAGUGAUUCGGAUUUUCGCGCCGCUGACACUGCCACCGAACGGCGCUGAAUCGAUAAACAUUUUAUCGGCAAAACAUUGCUGUUUACGUGUGCAAGUCAAUGAAAAACAAAAACUUUCUUAAAAAAAAUUAAAUUAAAUUAUUAACCAAGAACUGGAUGUGAAACUGUGUGAAAAUGGCAAACAAAAUAGAAGAACUGCCGCAUUGCCGCUCUGUGUAAAUGUCGCCGGCGUUGGCCGAAAUUCGCGGCCUGUGAGUCCGCAGCGUCGUCAAUCUUCGGCUCUCUGGCCGCCAUUGCUUUCCAGCAAAACCACGCUAUACGCAAAAUCUACGAAUUUGUGUAAAUUUUUCAAGCGAAUUAUCAACAAAAUUUCGCUUGCAGGUGUGUGAAAAGUGCGAUUUUUAUCAUCCAACGAUAAGGAAGAGACAGAGAGAGCGAUCGAGAGAGAGGAACAACAAGAAAGCAACAACGGAACGAAGCGGCACACGGCAAAAACUGGAAAAACAACAAUUUUCAAUAUAGAAAAAUGAUGAUGAACUGAAAUGUGCAAUUUUGAUGAACGUAAUUAUGCCAAUUCACAUACUUUUUUCGAUUUCAACGUGAAAAAUGUCGUCGACACAAUUGCUGCAUUCGUUGUCAUUGUUGUUGCUACCAUUGCGUUGUCGUCGUAAUUGCAAUCAGCUAAUCUCUCUGGCCAUCUUGCUGCUGUCGGCCCUGUCUGCACGAAUCGAGGAGUCCGGACAGCAGGAACAGCAGUCGGAGGAGGCGGAGCAGGAGGCGGCGGCAGCGGCGGAGGCGACGGAGAAGGAGGAGGAGGUGGACAAGGACGAUAACGAUACGCCCUAUAUAGCAAGAAAGGUUGCUCACAAGCGGCGUUCAUUGGCGAUCAUCGCCGCGAUCCCAAUCCCAGACCCACAUCCACAUCUACACCCACACCCACACCCACACCCUCACCCAAAUCUACAUACAACUCCACACCAAAUUGCAACAAGUGGCAGAACGUUUGCCAAGGGAACGGGCACAGGGGCUGCGUUAACCAGCUGGCACAGCAGCCACAGCCACCGCAGCCCCGGUGCUAAGUCGUCGGAGGAGGCAGCGGAGGAGCAGCAGGCCCGACUGUUGGUCAGCCGAAUCAUCUUACUGCAUCUAGCCUGUUCAUCCCUGCUGUUGCAUACGCUUGGGACUACCACUACUAUAAGCAGCAUAUCUCCUCCAUCCAUAGCCAGAUUGGCAGAGAGAGCAGAAGCAACAGCAACAACGAAACGCUUAGCAGCAGCAGCGGUAACGCAUCGGAGUAAGAUCCUUGAGAGCGGCGGCAGCAGCAGCACAAAUCCAUCGACGCCGGUGGCCGGUGCAGCCGUCAGCAGUAGGUUAGCAGCUCCCGAAGCAGCACCAGCAUCCAUAGCAACUUAAGCAGCCAAUUCCACUUAACCAACCAUAAAACAAAAACAAAAACAAAAAACAACACAUAUAAGAAAUAUACAAAACAGCAACAGCUAAAACGUUCCACAUAAUCCAUAUACACCACGCACAUACAAAACAAACAAAAAGGAAGUCAAAAUGUCGAAGCUAUCGUUCCGAGCACGCCAUCUGGAUCCGUCCAAGCAGAUGCCCAUCUACUUGGCCGAGGAGCUGCCCGAUCUGCCCGAGUAUUCAGCCAUAAAUCGUGCCGUGCCCCAAAUGCCCAGUGGCAUGGAGAAGGAGGAAGAAUCGGAACAUCAUCUGCAGCGGGCAAUCUGCACGGGCCUCAUCAUCCCCACACCCGAGGUACUGCAGACGGACCAGCCCUUCUACGAUACCUACUAUCCGCCGGACUACAAGAUGCCUCGCCAGAUGAUUCACAUGCAACCUCUUGGCCUGGACACUGAGGUGCCCGACUAUGACAUGGACAAAGCGGACAUGGAAUGGCUUAGCCAGCAGGAGCGCCUGGAGCUGACGGAGCUGAAGUUUGAACAAUUGAUGGAUUUGCUGGAGAAGAGCUCGGGUCAAACGGUCGUCACCCUCAACGAGGCCAAGUCUCUGCUCAAUCAGGAUGACGAGACGAGCAUAUCCCUCUACGAUUACUGGCUCAACAAGCGCCUCAAGAUGCAACAUCCGCUGAUACUCACUGUGAAGACAGAGAGUCGUCCUGGUGCCAGCUCCAACAAUCCGUAUUUGGCCUUUCGUCGGCGCACCGAGAAAAUGCAAACGCGCAAGAAUCGCAAGAACGACGAGGCCUCCUACGAGAAGAUGCUCAAGCUGCGACGCGACCUGCAGCGUGCCACAACUAUACUGGAGAUGGUGCGGCGACGCGAGGAGACGAAGCGCGAACAACUCAAGACGACGGUGAAUAUCUUUGAGAAGCGCGUCGAGUUGCGCGACUUCAACGGUGCUGUCUACUCCGAGCUGAAUGCUCAAUACAAGAGCACGAGACCCGCGUAUAAUUCAUUGUAUACGAAUCAAUACUCACAAGGGGCGGCGGCGGCGGUUGGAACGGCUGGCGCCAUUCUGGCUGCCCUGCCCCCGGGUCUGCUGGCAAGUGGCGGAGCAGCGGGCAACACGAAUGUGUAUGCCUCGCCGUCGCAGUACCUGAACACGUCGACAAUGGACACCAUCCACUCUGGCAGCGGCAACGGCAACGGCAACGGCAGCAGCAGUCGCAAGGAGAAGCGUCCCUACAAGAAGCGCAAACACAAACUUCCCCGCGACAAGCAGCAGAACCAGCACCAACAACUGCAACAACAACAACAGCAGCAGCAGACUCAACAGUAUUUGCCCGGACAGUCGUCAGGAUCUGGAGCAUCGCCUGCCCACCAUUUGCCCCACCAUCUGCACAACCUCAGCAGGCAGCAGAGUGCCUCGCCGGCGGCAAACGAUUCGAUUCUGGACAGCGAGGAUGAUGACUACCUAAACGGUGGCCUCAACGGCAACCAACUGGGCUCCGAGAGCGAGGAUGAGGCGCCGUUUGCAUUUAGACGGAAGCCGAGCUGUAUUUACCUGCCCACACGGCACCGAAAUGGACGCUGGCCCUAUGACUCGGCGGAUGAGGAGACGGAAACGAGCAGAUCGACGGGACCAUAUUCGGAUCCCAAAUAUCGCUACACGCUGACCUCCAUCAACUAUCCCAGCCCGCGUUGCAUUGGCUUCGCCCGACGUCGUGUGGGCCGUGGCGGAAGGAUCCUGCUCGAUCGGGCCACAACGAACUUUGACGAUGUCUGGUCGCAGUUGGACUACACGGUCAUGGAGAGUGUCGUCAAGAGCAACAACGCGCAAAGGAGAAACAACCAACUAUCGAAGCCGGAGCUGCUGCCGCUGGCCAAGCCCUGCUCCCCGCCGACUGUUGUGGACCUUGUUGUGCCCACAUCCAAACACAUUGACAGCGUUGAUGCGACGUCGCUGCCGCCCGACGCCAUUGUCAAAUCGGAGCCCACCAGUCAUUCGGUGGAUAAGCCCAUUGCCGGCGGAUCGGCGGGUGAUUCAUUGCUGCCCCUCCCGCUAGACAAAGAGGUUGACGCGGAGGUGCUCGAUCUGGACGGGGAGGAAGAUGACCUGGUUACCGAUGACGAGAAUGUCUCACGGCUGAGUUUCUAUAGUUCGGCGGUAACGUUGUCCCAGAGCUCGCACGACAUGCGCCUGAAACGGCGUCGCCUGCGGCACAAGAAGCAGCAGAUGCGAGAGCUCAAUGCGGCCAAGCGACUGAAGAGGUCGUCGGAUGCAGCAGCCACUGGAGGAACUGGUGGAGAGCCAGCAGCAGGUGGGGAGGAAGGUCCUUUCACUGCUCCGUUGUGUCCUUUGCCCCGGGCGUAUCUGCAGCGUCUGGUGCUGGCCUUGGGACAGAAACUCAAGCAGGAGGAGGCGAUGGAAGUUUGCGAGAAUCUGGCUCCGCAAGAGGAGAAGAGCAGUGCUGCAGAGGAGCUCCAGCAGCCUGCUCCUCCUCGAGCCAAUAAUCAGCACCACCACCGUUCCAACAACAACAACAACACCGUGUUGAACAACAUCAACAACAACAACAAAAACAACAACAACAACAACAAUAGCAGUAGUAGUAGUAGUAAUAUGAAUAAGGACGUUAGCAUAAGCGAAGAAAUCAAUGUGAUAAAGCUGGAGGCAGAGGGGAACGAGGACGUUGGGCGAGAGGAGCAGCCGGUGGCCUCCACGUCAGCGGCAGCGGCAGCAGCACGAGCCGUUGAAGCAGCCGCUGCAGCGGAAGCAGCAUCAUCAGCAGCUGGAAUAUCCAUGCUCGGACCUUCCAUGGAGGAUGUGGCCAAGACGAUAAAGCGGGAGCUAAUCGAUGCCGACGACUCCAAUGAGCCGCUGAGCAUCAUCCGCACCGCAACGGUGGCUGCGACUGUACUCCAGGCCAGCCCCGAUCCCGAACUGAUGGACGACGAGGCCGAGGACGAUGUCAAUCUCGCCCAGCUGAGCAGCAUCAUCCGUCACACGGCUGUCAAGAAGGAGCUGGAGGCGCAGCAGCAGCAUCAGCAACAGCAGCAGCUGCAGCAGCGGGAGCAGAGGGUAUACGGAUACCCGCAGGAGCUGAAGGAGGAGACCGUCUGCUUGAAUCAGCUGCCCGAUGUGAUUCGGUUGCAGAAUCUGCGCAACGCCCAAACGUGCUCGAAGCCCAGGGACCUGUAUAUAGAUGCCACGGCAGAGGACAUGGACGUGGACUACCUGGGCGGACUCUCGCCCACCUCCAGUCAGCGUCUGGACAUUUGCAACGAACUCCUCUCCGAGAUCCGACGCGACUGGCUGCACUUUCGUCCAAAGACGCCUACGGACGAGCUCUCCGAUAGCAACGAUGGUGAGGGCAAGCCCUGCGGCGACUCUGGUGUCCAUGCGGUGGACUGGACCCAGGAUACGCCCAUCAGCGUGGAGCUGAAUCGUCUUGGAAAGCAGGAGGAAAUCGAGAGCGACACCAGCUCUUAUUUCCUGAGCAAUGCCUUCAAGUACACGGAUCUGGACUCUGAUGCCCAGCUCAUUCAGACGGCCUACGCCCAGGACUAUGCCCGAGGCACCAGCAAGAGUCCGAACUGCUCGGGAUCUGGCUCUGGUUCGGGGUCCGCCCUGGAGUUCAACUUGAGCGCCGGCGACUCGCUCAACGACAUCAACAAUCUGCUCGGCGACGACGAGGACGACAACCACGAGCACAUGCUGGACAACAUUCUGCAGGAGUGCGGCAUGGACGAUCCGAAGGCACUCAAUCAGGCCACCAGCUUCUGGAACGGCAUCCUCGAUGGCGAGGCGGCUGUGGACGAGGUCGAGAUUGCCGAUCAGCUCCUCGACUGCAUCGACGAAAAGAAGCCCAAGGUGGGCGGAGAGGCGUCCAAGCGCGCCGGGCGACUUCGCAAGCCGAGGCCAGUGAAUGUCCCUGUCGGCAGCUCGUUGUUUACGGUCUGUCCCACGCAAGAGUCGCUCAAGAAUCGCGAGGUGUUCUUCAGCCAGGAGGUGGUGACGCCCAAAGAGGAGCCACAGCCAGCGACAGAAACAGAGACAGCUCCCGUUCCGGCAACAACGACAACGACAACGGCGGCAACGACGACGGCAGACACCUUGGAGCCUGUGAAGGUGGAACCAGCGGUAGAGACACCACAGCCUGAGGUGGUGGUAUCCCCAGCCCAGUCCCAGCCCACGCCACCGCCACCGCCGCAGUCGCAGCCGCAAUCACAGUCGAUGCCACAGCCAAUUUUGGCGACUCCCACGCCGCAGAUCAUCAACAUACCCGCCCAGAUAAUACCCCAGAAGCCGCAGAUGGCGCAAAUACAGUCGCAGACGCAGCAGCUCCAGCUUCAAUCGCAGACACAGGCGCAGGUCCAGGCACAGACAGCGCCCCAGCAGGUGACGCAGUUGCUCAACCAGUUCGCCAAUGCCAGUCCGCAGAUCAUUGCCAGGACGGAAUACGGAGGAGGAGCGGCCGUCGGGGACAUUGUGACGAUCACACCGCACACGGGAAGCAGUCCCCUGCCCACACUAUCCGCCCAACAGCAGCUGCAGCACCAGUUGGCGCAGGCCCAGCUCCGCAACGUGACCGUUCAGCAGCGCCAGGGCACGCCCCAGCAAGUGCAAGUGCAACAGCAGCAGCAACAGCCCACCCAGCAGUUGCUCUUCCAGAUGCAGCGGGACGGGAUCGGCUCGCCGGUGAUCACCACACAGAGCAUCGUCACCUCCUCGCGCUCCUUGACACCCCUCAAUGCAGCCGGCGCUGGCGCCGCUGGCAAUCACAUGAUCUAUACCACCGGCAGCGGCGAGAUCAUCACGGCAGCAGCAGCGGCUGCCGCCCAGAAGGUCACCUACGCCAUACAGAAGUCAAGUGGCUCCGGCGGAGGAGCCACCACCACAUCGAUUGGACCCAAUACCGUGAUCACUUUGUCCAAUGUAAAGCUGCAGAGCGACGACAACUGCUCCGCGGGUGGCGCCGGCUCCGGGUCCAGUGUGAACAUCAUCAACACGGCCAGUGGCCAGCAGCUGGCCGUGCACAGCAUAGCCGGGAUGCAGCAACAGCACCACCAUCAGCAGCAGCAGCAGCAGGGUACCACCACAACGCCGCUGAUCGUCACGACGCCCACCCGCAACAAUGUCGUCCAGCAGCAUUCGCAACAGCAGCUGGUGCAGCAGCAGCCGAUUGUGUGGCGCCAGGUGAGCGGAACGAACACGGCGGUGGCCACCACGGCGGUGCUCUCGACGACGGCCGACACCUCGCCAGCGGCGGUGGGCAACAAGAUACUCUGGACUAGCCGUGGCACCCAGAAGCGACAGCUCAACGGGCCCGAGAACACAGACAUCAACAAGCUGCUGCUGAAUCGGAAGUUCUCGCAGAGGAAGGUGAUUGGCCAGCAUCCGGGAGGAGGGCAGCAGAUUCAGCAGCAGGCGCAGCAGCAGAUCCAGCUGACCAAGCAACAGCUGCAACAGUUGGUGCAGCACGAGGAUGAUCUGGUGACGGCCACGACGACGAUCAACAGCGGCGACCAGAUGGACACUGGCGAGUCCCUGCAACAGCAGCACCACCAGCAUCAGCAGUUGCAGAAGCUCAGCAAGGUGAUCAAGAUGUCGCCAUUCCCCCUGCUCGUCUCGGAUCUCAAUCUUCAGCAGCCGCCGCAGCAACAACAGCAGCAGUCUGGGCAGCACACUGGCCAGUCCCAGCAGCAGCAGCAGCUGAAGCCCAACUCGGCGGCUGCGAUAGUGGCCAACCACAACUACAGCUUGCAGCCGGCGACGGCCAUCAUCAGCUCACAGGCGGCGCCCCAGCAGGCCAACAAGAUCUUCCUCACCAGCAGCAACAGUGGCGGCGGCGGCAACUUCACCAACUUCACGGCCAGCGAACUGCAGGCGGCGGCUGCGGCGGUGGCGGCCAGCAAUGCCGGUGGCCAGAAGCUGCACUACAAGGAGCUCACCAACUCCAAUCUCAAGCUGAACUUUGUGAGCAGCACGGGCGAGGCGCUGGCCAGCCAGGCACCCCAACAGGUGGGCGCCACCACGGUGGUGCUAAACAAAGCCCAGCAGCAGCAGGUACACCACCAGAAGCUCAAGACGGUGGCCGCGGCCAACGCCCAGCAGGUGCAGCAGGGCGACAAGCGAGUCCUCUACACCAGCCUGCUCAAUGUGAAGCCGCUGCAGAAGAACAACAGCGGCCAGAUGCAGAUGCAGCUGGGGCCGGGCGGACUGCAGCAGGUGCUGCGCGGCCGCGUCAACUCGUCGAUCAUCACGAGAACCCUGCCCCUGGGCACCACCGUCAACAGCUCGGCCGGUGGCGGUGCUGGUGGAGCACCUGCCACCAUCAGACAACUGGUUACCACCAAUACGAACAAUGUGGGCUCGUCGGACGGAGCUCUGCUCAGCGCCAAGGAUGUGGGCAAGAGCCUCACCGUGGAGCAGGUGAUGGUCAGUGCCAACAAUGGCGGAGUGGUGAUGCCCACCAGCAACAACAAUAACAACAAUGGGAGUGGUACAGGCGGCGGCGGAGGAGGUGGGAGCGGUGCUGGAGGCGUCGGUGGCGGUGUGACCGUGACUACAUCGAGCAAUGUUAACGUGUCCGGAGCCGGGGGAGCCGGAGUCACAUCCACCAUCAACAGAUGAGACGCGGACAGCAGCAGCUAACAUCUAAUGCAAAAUGUUUUCUCCGUCAAUCUGCCCGGCGGCACCUCGCUGGGACUGGGAAUGGGAAUGGGACUGGGUCUGGCCCAGGCCCAGGAGCAGACCGAGUUCCUGCUGACGCCGAUGGGCGCGGCCCAGAGUCCGCUGAUGGUGGCCCUGGGCCAGCUCCUGCAGCCGUCCUGCUGCUGUGCCCUCUGUCUGGUCAAUCUAGGCCAGCCGGCGUCGCAUCUGGGCUAAAUGCUACUACUACGCCCUAUAUACACAUACUGUAGUUUAAAUGUAGAAUUUCAUAUGCAUACAACCCGCGCACACACAUGCCGCCAGCCUUGAAAAAUUGAUUAGAACCCUAAACGAUAAUCAGAUGGAACUUAUUCCAAAUUCUGUAACAUAGCUAGGCGGGAAGCUCUCCAAAGCCAAAGGGGAAAGGGCCAAGCAGAAGGGGAAGAAGAGAGUGUAUAAACGAAAGCCACCAAUAACAAAGUUUGCUUAAUUUGAUUUUAUUUAUAUAUAUAUAUAGACGUAUAUAUAUAGAGAGAGACAUGUGUGUGUAUAACGAUUUAGGUCUUAUUUUUCAAGAUCGCCUAACCCUAAACCAUAUUUAGAAUUACACAAAUAAAAACGAUAUAUAUAUGUAUAUGUAUAUGUGUAUGUGUAUGAUGUAUAUGCACAAGCAUAUGAGAAGCACGAAUCGAGAACUUGGCUCUUUCUGCGAGGCUGGAGAUUUCCCUAGACACCCCCGCCCCUGCUCCAGGCAACAACUCUGCAAACAACUCAUGUGUUAAAUAGCAAACUGUAAAUAUUCGAUUGUAAAACACACACCACCACCCACAAAACACACAAAAAACAAAAGUAGCAGCAGCAAGAUUUAUAAUAGUAAUUAUGAAACUAUAUAUUUAGUGAUACGAUACGAAUAGUUGUACGAACGAUGGAGAGGCCGCCGCCUCUCAGGCUAACGCCGUUUCAGAAUCACGCGCUUUAUCCGGGCUGCUGUUCGAUGGGGCCCCACCCCGGCCUCCGACCCUGCGAAUGGGUUGGAGCCUGGUGGGCAGUCGCGGCAGCCCCCUACCGGGAGUAAAACCAGAAGAAAAGAAAACACAUUUUUCAAUGUACGUAAAUUAAAUUAACUUAUCCUGUAGCCUAAAAGAAGAUAAGUGAAAAGGAGAUCAGAGAAAACCCACGUUCAACUACAUUUAGUUAUUUUAACUAAGGAUCGCCACUGUAGAGGGGAGAGCAGAGGAUCGAUAGAGAUGAGAGAGGGAGUUGUGUUGAAGAGCAUAAGAAAACACUAUUAUUGUAUGCGAUUAUUAUUAUUAUUUUUUAUACAAGGUAAUACUUUUAAUUGCAACAACAACAACAACAAACCCAACAUAAACAUAAUAAUAAUAAUAAUAUGAUGAUAAUAUGUUAUAAUAUAAACACACUAAUGAUAACAAUAACUAUAAUAUUUUAAAAUCCAAAACGAAAACAUACAAAAAAAAAAACAAAAUCAUUUAAACUAUAAUUACGUAGAGAUGUACUUUCCUAGAUUGUAACUUGUAGAGCGGUAAGAGCGUAAGCAAGAGCGAUAAUAAAAUGGAAAACAAAUUGCAAACUUCAAA